AUUCUCGCGAGAACAGCGCGUUGUUGUUGAUACAGAUAGCGCAGCUAGCACACUGCCGAGGUAUCUAGAUUUCUGCAGUCUUCCUUCUCCUUUGGACUGCGAUGGAUGCCUCCGGAGCCGUAAACGAGGCAGAGAGGCCACGGCAUCGACCUUUCCUGAUUGGGGUCAGCGGAGGAACUGCCAGCGGCAAGUCAACAGUUUGUGCCAAGAUCAUGGAGCUCCUGGGCCAGAACAAAGUGGACCACCGCCAGAGGAAGGUGGCAAUUGUGAGCCAGGACAGUUUCUACAGAGUCUUGACUCCAGAGCAGAAGGCAAAAGCGCUGAAGGGCCAGUACAACUUCGAUCAUCCAGAGGCAUUCGACAACAAGUUAAUGUACAAAACCUUGAAGGACAUCCAGGAGGGGAAGGUGGUUGAAGUGCCAACGUACGACUUCGUCACCCAUUCCAGGCUGGAGGAGCGGAUCACAGUUUACCCAGCAGACGUGGUCCUCUUUGAGGGGAUCCUCGUCUUCUACCCGCAGCAAGUGCGUGAUAUGUUUCACAUGAAGCUCUUUGUGGACACAGAUUCAGAUGUCCGACUGUCUCGCAGAGUUCUGAGAGACAUGAGCAGAGGGCGGGACCUGGAGCAGAUUCUCACUCAGUAUACGACAUUUGUCAAGCCUGCUUUUGAGGAGUUCUGUUUGCCUACUAAGAAGUAUGCAGAUGUCAUUAUUCCAAGGGGAGUUGAUAAUAUGGUGGCCAUCAACCUCAUCGUGCAGCACAUCCAAGACAUUCUGAACGGCGACCUCUGCAAAUGGCAACGCGGGUCCAUGAACGGUCACGGGCGGAGCUUGAAACGGGCCAUUUCUGAACAGGGCGACCUGCAGAACGGAACUGCUAAUCCUUCAGGAAAGAGGGUCCUGCUGGAGCCCAGUAGUCGGCCCCACUGAGACUGUGCGGACUGAUGCGUUCCAGACUGUGAAUAUGAGCUUUUGAGUUGCUGCUACUGAUUUGUGGAGAGAAGGUCAGCAACCGUGUUGUCAGUCUCUGCAGCUUUUUAAAAUAAUAAAAAAAAAACAACUAUCCACAAUCCCACGGUGCAAGCAUUUAAUGCUGCAACCACUUCAUAAUUUUACUGUAAUUAUUGGUACAUAACCAAUGUUCUGAUUAUGCUUCUCAUGUGUAACAGUCUUCCAUGAUACAGUUUGAUUUUUUCAGUGUUGACUGUGGUCAGAUAACCUGUUACUGAAAUGGAGGGUAGGAAGAGUUAUUGAAGUUUAAUUUCAGUCACGCUUUUGCACUUUGAUGUUAUAUUUUUACUUUUUUGUUGCUUUAAUGGAAAUUAAUAUAUUUAAAUUAUAUUAAUACUAAUCUGCUGCAAAUAUCCUUUUACUUUCUGUUUCUGUUUUUCAUAACUUAUUGAAAUGAAAAAUAGGCCAGACGGCUGUGUGUCCUAGUGGUGUUAGACCUAGAUUGCUAUUAGGUGCUUCCUUUUGAUUAUUUACAGCUGAAUUACAUGCCUUAACUUUUUAAAAGUUCAUUUUUCCACUGACCAUUCUGUACAACAAUAAAUGGAAAUCCUGUUUUAAAGUUU